AUGGAGCCGCCUGGUUCCUCAGGUUUCCUUUAUAUCCUUAUUCAUGUUCCUAGUGCUGUAAUUGCACUGGUGUCGUCUAUCUUGCGAAAGGGCGAAGAUGAUCUAGCUCAGCUAUAUGCCUUACGGACAAUCGAUAAUAUAUGUAGCCAAGGAACUGAAUGGACAUCCCGUUUUGCGUCUCAAGAUGCGAUUGGACAUCUGUGCUACAUCUAUAAAGCAACUGGAAAGCAGGAGAGUACAAGGCUCAUUGCAGGAUCUUGUUUGGCCCGCCUCUCUCGCUUCAGUCCAUCAUGCAUUCACUUAAUCCUGGAAAAGAUAUCAUUCAAGGAUAUUGCAUCCACACUCAUCAAGGGAAAUCCACGUGAGCAGCAGAUUAGUCUUAAUAUUCUCAAUUCGGCAUUAGUUAACAGUCACACUGUGACAUGCAUGAACCGGUAUAUUCUUUCAUUAUCAGAUGACAAACAAUUGGUCCCCGGGCUCAUUUCUCUGAUAGAACAGGGAACUGAUGUUCUGCGUGGGAAGGCCCUUUUGUUUGUUGCUCUGCUUUGCAAGAAUAGUCCAAGGUGGCUUCCUCACUUCUUUUGUAAUGCAAAAUUAAUAUCAGCUGUUGAUAGAUUGGGAAAAGAGAAGGAGGGUUUCAUUCAUCAAUGUACAGAAGCAUUUGUGCAGUUGGUUGCUUCUUUGGUCCCUGGCAUUCUUGACACUGUCUCCAGCGAUAUACAGCAGGUUAUGGCUGGCAAACGCCAUGGACCUAUUACUGCUUUAGCUGGGCGAGCUCAUCCAAAGAGCACAAUUCAUUUGUUCCCUGCUAUUCUUCAUCUUCUGGGAAGUGCAUCCUUCAAGCACAGAGUUGUGACAGGCCAUGUAUUGCUUCAGUUGGCAAAUCUUAUUAAGAUUUUGGAGGCACCGUUUCAGGCUAGGGAUGAUUUCCAAAUUACAUUGUUGCGAGUUCUUGAGGCUGCUACAGAGGAGCCUUCUGUUAUUCUUGGUGAACACAAAAUAUUCACGAGUCGUAUCAUUCCAAGCUUAUCUGUCUUAUACAAGGGCAAUAAAGAUGGUGAUGCCAGAUUUCUGUGUUUGAAGAUACUCUCAGAUGUGAUGAUUGUGAUCUUCAGUUACUCUUCAUUAACUUCUGACGAACAAACAAUAACUGAUUUGAAAUCAAUCUCUCAGAGGCAUUUUCUGUCACUGUACCCUUCUUUUGCAGAGGAUGAAGAUCCCAUACCCAUAUAUGCACAAAAACUACUAGUAAUGCUAAUGGAACAUGGUUGUGUAAAAGUCUCUGAUAUUCUGCACAAAGCAACAGUAUCCCAGUGCUUUGAAUUUUUGCUAGGAGAUCUGUCAAAUGCAAAUGUAAGCAAUGUCAAGCUUUGCUUUGUCCUGGCAUCAGCACCUGAGAUGGACACCCAUAUUCUUUCUCAGCUUCAAGUUGUUAGAAGAAUAGGGAACCUACUUGAGUUUGUUGCUGCAAAAGACAUGGAUGAUUUUCUUGAACCAACCCUGGAACUCUGCAGAGCUUUCAUUAUUUGUGGCACUGGCAGCAACAGAAGUAUCGCCCUCUCCAAAAACCCAGCACUUCUUGUUGACAGUGCCUUCAGCAUGAGCAUUGCUGUUGAUCAACAAACUUGUGUCAUGGAUAUAUGUGACUUUGGUGGCAACAUGGGUAUUUUUCUUGAGCUAGUUGGCAAUUCAGAUCCACAGAUAAGUGAUUUAGCGUCAGAUUGUGUAGUGUUGUUACUCAAGGCAGCACCUCGAGAGGCUACAGUGGGCUUGACAGUAUAUAUUUGA